AAUGUAGUCGCCUAGCUAUGACGUCAACCAAACAACAGAGUUAAUAGCCCGCUUUGCAGAAAAUAAAGGAACAGUUUUAAAAAGAAAAACAACGAAGACACGACGCCUCCAACAGUCAUGUCUGUGAAUUAUGCUGCUGGGCUCUCGCCGUACGCAGACAAAGGAGUUUGCGGACUUCCAGAGGUUUUUGAUAGUCCUGAGGAGCUAAAGGUGAAGGUGGAGACCCUCGCCCAGUUGAUUAAAGAGUCUCAGUACUUGGUUGUCCACUCUGGAGCAGGAAUCAGCACUUCAGCAGGAAUCCCCGACUUCAGGGGUCCAAAGGGGGUGUGGACGUUAGAAGAAAAGGGCGAGUCACCUCACUUCAACACCACAUUUGAAGAUGCUCGGCCCAGCUUGACUCAUAUGGCCCUCCUGGGACUGCAGAGGGCAGGAUACCUCAAGUAUCUCAUCAGCCAGAACGUGGACGGCCUGCAUGUCCGAUCAGGCUUCCCCAGGGAUAUGCUAUCAGAGCUUCAUGGUAACAUGUUUGUGGAGGAGUGUGAGAAGUGUGGCAGGCAGUAUGUCAGAGAAAAGGUGAUCGGUGUAAUGGGGCUGAAACCAACAGGACGUUACUGUGAUGUGGUUCGCUCCAGAGGACUCAGAGCCUGCAGAGGAAAGCUUAUCAGCACCAUACUUGACUGGGAGGAUGCUCUUCCUGACAGAGACCUGAACAAAGCAGAGGAUGCCAGCAGACGAGCGGACCUGGCACUGACGCUCGGCACGUCCAUGCAGAUCAAACCAAGUGGAGACCUCCCACUCCUCACCAAACGCAAAGGAGGGAAAAUUGUCAUUGUCAAUCUGCAGGCUACAAAGCAUGACAAGCACGCACACCUGCGUAUCCAUGGUUACGUGGACGAGGUCAUGAAACAGCUGAUGGAGAUGCUGGGAUUGGAGAUCCCAAAGUGGGAUGGGCCAACUGUGUGCGAGAGCUCAACAGCCAACUCCGAGUCCACCACCGAUGUCAAACCACCACAUGUUACUGCAAAGGGGAAGGUGAAAAAGAAACCCGUUAAGGAGGAGAGGAAAAGAGAAGCAACACAGCUAACAGACGAUGGGAGCGUUAAGGAGGAGACAGUUUCAGUAAAGAGAGAGAGAGCAGACUCCCCAGUGGCGAUAAAUGAAGAGAAGUAGCCUCAGGUAUAUUUUUUUUCUUGCAACAACUUCACAACACCAAACCGUCCAGAAACAAACAUUACAACUGAGGCUGCUCAGUUUCAUCAGUUUCACAGAGGAUGGAGGUUCUUCUCAUCUUACACCCUCUGGGGCAAAGACUUUUAUAGUACUGUAGUGGUUUUGUCAGUCCCAGAUUUCUUACACUUAUAGCCACGGUAAACAACAAUGUGAAACUGACUCCUCAGCUAAAGGAUCACAAAUUGACCUCCUCACGUUAGGUGGAUGUUGUUACAUCUACCAACACACAGCCUGCGAUGUAAAUGUUCCUCCUGCUACGGUAAGAACAUGCAUUAUCCAAGUUUACUUUACUUGAGGACAACACAAUGAGAUCUGGAACAGACAGUUAAAAAUAAAGUGUUUAAUAAGGUGUGUAAGGUGGCUGCACCUUAUUAAAAGUGUUAUUUAUAACCAUGUGCUCCAGAUAUUAUCCCUACAGACCUCGCCUUUAAAGACACCUUGGUUCGAUACUUGACCAGAGGGGAUAUCAAGUGAGCAUCAUCCGAGUCUCCUUUACUAAUGCAGCUAAAUGCAGCUGGGGAAGUUUUAAACCAGGUUUUUAUUUUUAAAGUUCUCUCGAGUGUCUUCCAAACAAAUGGUUCUCUCGAGUGUAAAUUAUGUUGAAAACAUUUUGAAUACAGAACAUUUUUGUUUUUAUUCCCAAACAUUACAGAAUCAACAAUCAGCAAACUGCUUUUCUCAUUGUAGCAAAGAUUUCUAUUUCCCUAGUGAGAUGUAUAAUUCCAGCCGCUGCUGACUGACUGUAAGUGGAUCAUAAUCACACUGUAUGUUUCCAGGAAAAUGUUUUUAUCUCAGGAAAAAAGCAUUGUACUUCAACGGAGAAAGUCUUUUUGCUGUUUUUUUUUAAUACAUGGCAUUAAAAGAAUAUGUUCCUGGCAGAACCUCCUGCGUAUAUAUGUGCUCUAUGUAUGUUGCGUACUGUGACCCAACAGUGGCCUAGUUGCAAAUGUAAACCAAUGUUUCAAAGGAGAUGGCGAAGGCCAGUACUGUUUAUCCGAGGGAAUGGUAGGAUUCUUGAAAUCUAUCCCCUCUGGUAUAUUCAAUAUGCAUCACUUCAUUGUGAAUGAAGAUGGUAAUCAAACCUGCCUUCUCUCAAGAAGAGAAGAACCUCCUCCUCUUGUUCCUCUCAACCAAAACACCAGAAAAAAAAAUCCUCCACCUUAACUGCACCAGCAUCUAACUGUUUUCUUUUUUUAAAACAAAACAUUCAUAUCAGAUGUUGUGACUGAUGGUGGGCCACAGGUGUUUGUAUAAGAAGAUGAUUACUGCAGCGAACACGUUGCUGUGUGUCUGAUUUUGAAUGUGUUUCAGUCUAUUAAAUCACUUUGUCUUCCCAGACAUGUAAGCAACAGAUGUAACAGCCAACGCAAACUGCCUCCUCUGAGUGGGUCAUUACACAAUCCUCUUUAUGCUCUUA